CCUUCUAACGUCUCCCGCUGCUUCACAUGAGGGUGCCAUGGCGCUGUGCGCAUCCUUGUGGGGAGUAGAAGCUGUUACUAUUUGGGAAUAAGGUUGGGGCUGGCCUUUUUUUGGUAGUAGAGAGUAAUGCGGCUGCUUUAAGAGGAGUGAGCCAACCCGAGUGCUUGCCUCUGUCCUGCUGUGGUCUUGGUUGCACCUGUUGGAAGUCAUGGCUAUGCCCUGGACAGACUAGCCAAGGCCAGUCUCAGAUUGUGCUAUUUGUCGAGUGAUACUGAUACGUUCAUUGUAGAGAAUCACUUAUAGCUGAGCAGUUACGGUAAUGCCUAGCAUAUACUGCGUUCCUCACUGGUAGCUAAUACUUUUCCUUCACACAAUAUGCUCCGCACCACUGGACUCCUGAGGGAGGAGAGGAAUCUAACUCCCGAAGAAGCAAUAUAGAAACUAAAAGAGACAGAAGAGCCAGGCGGUGAGACAGAAGAAAUUCUGAUUUCUGAAGCAGAAGUUCAACAGGAGCUACACAUAGCCAACUAUGGGACCAAGAGUAAGCAAAUCACCAUGCAGGCUCUAUGGAGAAAGAAAAGGUUAGAAGAGAAGCUGGCACAAACUCACAGGACAGUAUCCAUCCUGGAGGUUCAGCAUGCCACCACCAAGGCAGGAGUGCUUUGUACCAUGGAUCCCGCUGCCCAAGGCUUGAAGAAAGCCUGCCGGAAUGACACUGACAAGGUAGAACUGCUGGCUGACAUCACAGAACAACAGGAGCUGGCCCAGCAAGUAUCAGAUGCCAUUCCUCACCAGGGUUUUAGAGAUGGUAUGGAUGAGGAUGAAUUGCUGCAAGAUCUGGAGGAGCUGGAGCAAGAGGAAUUAACUCAGAAGUUGUUAACUGUGGGCAACAAGGAGGAAGAACCCCCAGUCGGAUUGUCAGGUGUACCUUACACACAUCUGCUUGCAGGGCCAGGUACCCAGAACUCUUUGUUAAAGACUUAA